GCUGCGGCCGGCGACGGGGCUGCGAUGGGAGCCGCCGCCGGGAGCUGGGGGCCCCUCGCCGCCUGCCUGGCCCGGGACAGAGCCUGCGGCGCCGCCGCGCUGGGGAGCCUGGCCGCGCUGCUCUGGAUGGCCGCCCACGGGCUGCUGUUCCGUGCCCGCUGCAGGAGGAAGGGCUGGCAGGAGGCGUCGCUGCUCUGCAUCGUUUACAGCUUUGUGGGCAGCAUGUGCAACACGAUCGGGGCGCUCCUCGCCAAGCAGCUUACCAUCCAGGUCUUCACGGGGGCGUACAUGGUUGCUGUCGACAUCAUUCACUUCCUGCUGACUCUCUUUCCUGUCUGCGCGUCCGACCCCAGACCCGCACCAGAUCCGCCCGGCAGGAGGAAGAGGAGGAGGAGACAGGUGCGGAGCAGCCUCCUUGCCCUCGCUCUCCCCCUGUGCAUGGGCCCCGGCUGGUACGGCCUGGCCAUGGCUGCCUCAUCCUCCCCCGAGGAGUUCCACGGCGCACAGAGGAGACUGCUUGGGACGGUGCUUCAGGAGAACACGGAAGUGCUGGGCUUCGCUCUGGGGAUGCUCGCUGCGCUCAUCGCCUUCACGGCCAGGAUCCCCGCACUCUCUGGAGCGUGCAGAGGGAGGCUGUCUCCAGCGACCCAGCUCUGGGCCAGCGUCUCCUCGGCCCUGGCCAGCGUCCUGUAUGCAGCGGCCGUUGUGACUUACGACCAGCGGCCCGCGUACUUUGUGCGAGCCGUGCCCUGGCUCCUGCUCGCCCUGGGCUCUGCUGCGCUCGACGUGGCUAUCGCCUGUCUGUCCUGCUUGAUGAAAAGCCAGACGAGCCAGUGGCUGGGCCCUGGGGCCGAGGCAACCGAGACCCCGGACACGUGGGCGCUGCUGGCCCAGGCGGAGGAGGAGGAGGAAGAGCCGAAGGGAGCUGAAGAGGAAAAGGCCCCCAACUGGCUGCAGCUGAGCACGUUCCCGGCCCCCCCGGCGCUCCGUGAGGGGGCUGCCGUCGGUCGCUGCCUGGAUCUCACCGUCGAGCAGGUGCAGCCGGCUGGCCGCGGUGCAGUGAGGCUGCCGGGAGAUGGACAGACGAGUGCUGCAGACCCCGCCCUGCCGGAGCCCCCUGCCUACCCUCCAGUCCAGGUCAUCCACGCCAAGCUCUCCCCCUCCAGCUCCUCAGUCGUCUCCUCCAUUAGCUCCGAGCUCGAGUGGGAUUUCGAAGACAUGAAUCUUCAGUGGAACAGAAACAGCACCGAGGCCCCAACCAUCCAGCCCAGCCGCAGCUCGCUGCUGAAUGCAGGCUUCGGGUUUGAUAUGAACGCCCUCAAACAAACCGCAGCUGCUCUCAGACUGUGUGAUAAUGAUGGCCCCUGGGCAGAGAAAUCAUAGCAGGUAACUCAAGCAACCAGCAGAAGAAAGAUCCUGUGUAGAAGAUCUCUGGAGGGUCCAGGUUACAGCAGUACUGUGGGCCAGAUCCGGGGAUGCAGCUGGUUUACUGAGGGCAGGGAGUGGGUGCAAAUGUAGCUCAAAUCUCACCUGUGUACUUCGCUGAUCCUGCUGCAGCUUUAUGCAGGGCGGCUUCUUCUGCAUUGGGCUGGAGCAACCUGAAGGCCACUCAAACAGACCCUGUCUGCAAACAGCCCCAAGCAGCUGCAAACAUAGCUGGGACUCAGAAUGGCCUGGAGUGUCCUGGCCACGGCCCUGUUCCUCUUUUCCCUGCUGCACUUGCAGUGGGGGUGGGGAAUGGCAGAAGAGCCCCAUAGUCAGCGUUCUUCUGCCAGAGACUCACUGUGACGCUGGGGCAACCCACCCCUGGCCCUUUUAAAAUGGGGGGGCUUACACUGACUGCACCUCACUGGGAAUGCUGCUGUGUCUGCACUAAUCAGGGCUGAAACGCUCCCAUUGCCUUGUGAGUAUAACUGACCCUUGUGGGGAGGGGAGGGCAAGGGGGCAGUUUCCCCGCCCUGGCACCAUUUUAAGUCACGCAGCCCCAUAGCAAAGGUCGGGUUGGCCGUAGCCCAUCGAUCAGGGUUUCCAGCCCUGCUCCCCGAGCUUCAGGGACGCACUUCUCACCGCGCCCCUGCUGGUGCCAGAGGGGGGAAUGUGCCCUGACAGGUCAGUAACAGGAGCGCGUCCAUCUCCCUGGCCCGAGUUGGGACUUCAGAGCUGCCAGUCCCAGGACAAAUUCAGAGGAGAAAUAACGUGUCGAUGUUUGACCACGAGGGUAACUGACCAGCGUUGCAGUGCUUCUCCAUUACAGCCAGAGAGGGUUUCUGGCCGAUCUGCUGAACGCUGGGGUGGGGGCGCUGUUGUGACCCGAGAGGAUGGUGUGAAAAGCCGGCAGGACGCCUGUGUGCGCUGGGUGCGGCAAGGCGGGGGUGCAGCUGGGGGGUUUCAGGUCCCGCACUGCAGCGAACAGCAGGAGGGUGCGUCCCGCCCUGCCAUCUCCACUGUGCGAACAGGCAGGGCAGGUGCUCUGGGAAGGGGUGCUGGGGCAGAGGGGUAAUGCCCGGCUCACUUCGGCUGGAAGGGGCAGGCCCAGGCAGGUGUGGGUGGGAAAGGCUCUCCUUCUCUGCUAUGCUGUUGGGUCUUAGAGCAUCACCUAUAGACCCCUAUAGACCGUUCCAGGCGGAGGGGUCACAGGCUCCCUUCGUCACAUUGCGGUGGGAGAUUGCCAUCCCAUCACCGUGUGCCCUGGCUGUUCUGCCCCUUCUGCUCCCCAGGGUCCCUCGCGGCUCUGCUCCAUUCCCACGGCAAAGCUGGAGCCCCUCCGCUCUGCACUGCCACCCACGGGCAGCCGUGCCCAGGGCCCUGAGCCCAGGCUUGGGGCUUGUUGAGCACCAGGCCCGAGGAGCUGCUCCUGCGUACCAAAGGCACAGCAAACGGGAGGGCGGCCUUGCUGUGCAUUCCUAGGGCACUGAGCUGCCCUCACCCUGGGGCUCCACUCUCCUCACCCCUGGCUUCUGGGAAUGCAGCACAUGCGAGAAGACGACAUCUGACUAGAGCGCCUGGCCUUCUGCCGCUCACGAUCUGAUCUCGCAGCCCCCAGCCUGCCUGGCGCUGCCCCUCUCCAGGUAGAUGCCUCGGGCAGCGAACAGACACAGUUGUUCAGGGAGCGAGUGGCUGUGACCUGCGCUGGGUCAGACGCUCCUUUUGCUCAGAACAGCAAAACAUUCCCGAGCCAGCGCUGAUAAGAAACCUCCACAUUAAUAUUUCUAAUGGCUGGAGAUUAAUUGCCUGGUAGUAAAGCUCAGAAAUCCAGACAAUGCAAAGACUGGAAACCCAGGGAAAGGAAAUUCUUCUGCUGUAUUGCCUUUUCCUAUUCAGAUAAUGCACAAUAAAAUAUGAGCGUGCAAGUCAGCGCCUGGGGAGGGCUGCCUCAGUCGUGUCCAGAGCAGUACCACUUGCAGAUAUGCCAGGAGAAACCCGGGAGCAAGUGAUCUCACAUGUUGUACAAGGGGGCAGACAGGCUCUGCUGCCUUCCGAGGGGUAGGUAGUGAGCAGUCGUAUUCAUGAUGCUUUACACGUCCCUGGUAUCUUCUCACCGAGAAUC